AUGGUUCAAUUUCUAUUUUCUAGUCUAACCCUCUUGGCUAUCCUUCUCCUUGCUAUCUCUGCUUCAGGCCAAAAAGUGUGUGUUGCUCAGAACAACAAGACAGAUGAUGCAAUCACUAUCAUUCAAGCAUUCAAUGACUGUAAGGCAGGUGGCACUGUCUCUCUUCCAAAAGAGAAAACAUAUAAUAUCAAGAGUUUAAUUAAGGUGACUGGCCUAAAGAAUGUCAACAUUGACUUUGCUGGCAAGAUUGUCCUUCCUCCCUAUGAUCCCAAGUUCAAGGGCGGAUCGGCUUACUUGGAAAUAUCCGGUGAUAACGUCCAUCUAAAUGGCGGAGGAACGAUUGUUGGAAAUGGUCAAUCAUGGUACGACAAAUUGGAUAAUACAGCCCCUAUUGUGCUCCGUACUACUUCUACCAACUCGGUAUUUAGUGACUUCAAGAUUCUCAAUGCUCCCAGAGGUCAUAUCGCAAUUACAGGCGCUGAUAAUGUCGUCUUCGAAAACGUGUACCUAAAUACUCGCUCGACUAGUAAAAAUUUUGCUAGAAAUACGGAUGCUUGGGGUGUAGCAUCUUCCAAGAAUGUCAUCUUUAGAAACUCUCAACUCACUGUUGGUGAUGAUUGUACAGCGAUCAAUGCAGCUGUCACCAACGUUACCGUCACAGGUAUCAAAUGCUAUGAAGGACAUGGAUUCAGUAUUGGCUCUCUUGGUCGUGGUCAACAGCCUGAUUUUGUUAGUAACAUUCAUUUUACUAACAAUGAAUGUCACAGCUGUCAGAAUGGUAUUCGUAUCAAGGCUGUUCCUGGUGGAAAGGGUGCCGUAAGUGACGUUCGUUUUCAAAAUGUACAAUUGUAUGAUACAGAGAACCCUGUGGCAAUUACUACCCAUUACUUUUGUGAGCAAAACAAGAAUUGCAACAAUGAUCAAUCCUUGACUAUCAGUAACGUUGUUAUUGAUAGAAUAACUGGAGAGAAAAAACUUAAUGGUAUUCCUAGAACUACCUCCAAUAAAGAUUUACCUGUCAUAAGUAUCGACUGUUCCAAGCAUGGGCUUUGUAAAGAUUUUUCUCUUACCAAUAUCAACAUUAAAAAGAACCCAGCAACAAAAAAGAAUGUCUGUAACUAUCUAGUAGGAUCUGAAAAGAUUCCUUACUGCCAACAAUAAUCUAUAGAAUAAAAUAUUAUCCUUAUCAGUUUUACAAAAGAAAGUCUAAUCAACUUGCUUCUAAAUUAUGCUUACUCAGAGGAGACGUUGUCUCUUUCCAUAAAGACUGUAUAUCUUUCAGUCUCAAUUUAAA